UCUGAAGUUGGCAGGCGGCGGUGUCGCAGGUCAGUGUGAAGGUCCGCGCGUAGAAGAAACGGAUCGCGGAGACGCACUUAGACGCGGGGACACGGAGACGCACGCACGCACGCACGAGCCAUGCAGCAGUCGGACGACAUGGAGGGUUCUAUGGAAUCCCCCAAUCUGGAGUUUGAGUAUGGGGACACUGAUAGCCUGACUGCUGAACUCUCAGAGCUGUACAGUUACACUGAGGAGCCUGAGUUCGGUCUGAACAGGGACUGCUUUGAAGAGGAUUUUAGGAGUCACGUGAAGAGCAGGAGAUGGUUAGAGCUGAGUGUGGAUGAACAGAGGGCAUAUAUCAUGCAACUGCUGGAUGCUCUCGAGGUCACAGACAGAGACAGGAGACUCAAAGUGGCUCGGGCUAUACUCUACCUAGCUCAGGGGGCGUUUGAUGAGUGUAACACAGAAGUGGAUGUUCUUCACUGGUCACGACACAAUGUCUUUCUGCUUUAUGAAAUGGGCAUCUUCACUGCGCUGCUGGAGCUGCUCAGCAUGGAGAUUGACAAUAACCAGGCAUGUAGCAGUGCUGUCAGGAAACCUGCCAUCUCCCUGGCAGACAGCACUGAACUCAGGGUUCUACUGAGCGUCAUGUAUCUGAUGGUAGAGACGAUCCGGGUGGAAACAGGAGACGAAAAGCCGGAGUGGCAAAAGGCUCGAGAGUCCUUCAGAAACGAGCUGAGUUCACCACUUUACAAUGGGGAGCCCUUUGCCCUUCUCCUCUUCACCAUGGUAACCAAGUUCUGCAGUAUGAGCGCCCCCCACUUCCCAAUGAAGAAAGUGCUACUGCUGUUGUGGAAGACCAUACUGUUCACUCUCGGUGGUUUCGAGGAGCUGCAGGAGAUGAAGGUUAAAGCGAGAGAGAAGCUGCGUCUGCCGCCGCUCCCAGAGGACAGUAUAAAGGUGGUCAGGAGCAUGAGAGCAGCCUCACCACCAGCCACUGCAAUGGAGCUCAUUGAACAGCAGCAACAGCAGAAAAGGGGACGCAGGAGUCGCAGGAGUGCCUUUGUUGAUAGCUUGGAAGGAGACAGUCCCUUUGCCAAGAAGCAGCCUCUGGUGAAGCAGGACAGCCUGGACACCUAUAACGAGCGAGACCCCUUUAAAAACGACGAUGCUCGGGAUGAGGAGGAUGAUGCAGAGGAUGUGGACAGUGGAAUAGAGGGUGAGGUUGACCCCCUCGACCGUGAUGUCAUCAUCCAGCCCCCUCCUCCUCCACCCCCUCUCCGGCCUCCGACUGAGAGAGUAAACUUCCCUAAAGGGCUACCUUGGGCACCUAAAGUCCGAGAGAAAGACAUCGAGCAUUUUCUAGAGACCAGCAGGAACAAGUUUAUAGGCUUUACCUUGGGAAGUGAUACAGAGACGCUGGUUGGUUUGCCCAGACCGAUUCACGAGAGUGUGAAGACUCUUAAACAGCACAAGUACGUCUCCAUCUCUGAAGUGCAAAUCAAACGAGAGGAAGAACUGCAGCAAUGUCCCAUGACCAUGGGGGAGGAGGAAGUGGACGAGACACCUGCAGAAAGCUUAUAUGUGGGAAUGCUUCCAAGUCUGUCUCAGUAUGUGAUUGCCCUGUUGAAGCUUCUUCUGGCAGCAGCUCCAACCUCCAAGGCCAAAACAGACUCUAUCAACAUCUUGGCUGAUGUUCUUCCUGAGGAGAUGCCCAUCACUGUCCUUCAGAGUAUGAAACUUGGCAUUGAUGUGAACAGACACAAGGAAAUCAUAGUCAAGGCCAUUUCUGCAUUGCUGCUCCUCCUGCUGAAGCACUUCAAACUUAACCAUAUAUACCAGUUUGAGUAUGUGUCCCAACAUCUGGUAUUUGCCAACUGUAUCCCUCUUAUUCUCAAGUUCUUCAACCAAAACAUCAUGUCUUACAUCAGUGCUAAAAACAGCAUCUGUGUGCUGGAUUUCCCUCACUGUGUGGUCCAUGAGAUGCCUGAACUCACUGCUGAAAGCUUGGAAGCCGGAGAUAAUAAUCAGUUCUGUUGGCGGAAUCUGUUUUCGUGCAUCAACCUUCUGCGGAUCCUCAACGCACUCACCAAAUGGAAGCACUCCAGGACCAUGAUGCUGGUGGUGUUUAAAUCUGCUCCAAUACUAAAAAGGGCAUUGAAGGUCAAGCAAGCCAUGAUGCAGCUUUAUGUCCUCAAGCUCCUCAAGAUUCAGACCAAGUACCUUGGCCGUCAAUGGAGGAAGAGUAACAUGAAAACCAUGUCAGCAAUCUACCAAAAGGUCCGGCAUCGACUUAACGAUGACUGGGCUUAUGGGAACGAUAUUGACGCACGGCCGUGGGACUUUCAGGCGGAGGAAUGCGCGUUGCGUGAGAGCAUUGAGAAAUUCAAUGUACGGCGGUAUGACAGGAACCAAAACAGUGAGUUUGUCCCGGUGGAUAACUGCCUGCAGAGUGUGCUGGGUCAGCGAGUCGAGCUGCCCGAAGACUUCCACUACAGCUAUGAGAUGUGGCUGGAAAGAGAGGUCUUCUCUCAGCCUAUCCAAUGGGAAGGCCUGCUGCAGGCCCAGUGAUAUAGCUGAUAUAAGCCAUUAACUUGAACUAGACUGAUGCAGCUUUACGAACAUCUCACAUCACAAACAUCUCACAUCACAUGUACAGACAAACACACUUGAAGACAGAACACAUGUGCCAGUGCUAUCUUUUAUGUAAAUGAAUGCUUGUAAAUAGAGAUAUCUUCAAUACAAUGUGUGGGUUUUGACAUGAUAUAAACCAUUUUAUCUGUGAAACACAAUCCUCUCAUAUGUACUCUUGGUGAAAAACAACAUAUUCUCCAUCUCAGCCUUUACACUGUAUACAAAAAAAUCAUUAACAACAUGAGUACAUGUAGAAGUAAGUAUUAUACAAGAGUCUGACAAAAAGAUGAAGGUAUUUAUUUAUUUAAGUGUUUAUUUAUUUAUUUAUUCUUUAAAAAUGUCUCAGUUUAAAACUGCUGAUAAAACGUUUAUUUUUCAUGCAUACACACAAUGUGGAUGUAUAUAAAACCAAAAAGAAUGCAUGUUGUCAAGCUAAGGAGGCUUGAUUUUGAAAAAAGCCAACCAUGGCAACUGUAAGCAUGACCCGUGUGUCAGCAGGACCUGAAGAACAGGUUCUGUGUUAUUUUCCUUCGAGAGACUGCUGCAGUCCCUCGCUUACUGCGUAACGUCUCUCACUCGGUUUACUGGAAAAACGUCCUUGAGAAAGUCACGCUUCUCUUAGUAUGUCACAUGUCAGAGCUUCCGAACACAAGUCUUAGAAUGAGCUCUAACAGCACACCACAAAAGCACAGAAGUGUCCUUGGUGAAUAACAUCACCCUCUUUACAAAUAGCAAGGUUCCGACAUAACGGUGCUGGUUUUUACCAUUGUUUUAUGACAUCUCCUCUGUCUGUUUCCUGCCCACUCCCCACUUUGUCGUGAUUAAACGACACUAAAGAACAGUCUUUGUUUAAAUACUGAAAUUUGUGAGAGGAUUUUAUAACUUCACUUGUUUUCUAUGCUGAUUUAUUGUUUUUAUUAUUUUGUUGAAAAUCAUCAAAAUACAUACAUCUUGUGUCCCAGUAAUAAUUCUAAACCAAUGCAAGUUUUUAUUGUGUUUGAAAAAAAUUAUAUAAAAAAGAACAAUGUAUAGCAUAUAAGAAAAUGAAGAGUCUCUAAGCGAAUGUUUAAACUGCUGUGGAAAAUAUUUUCAACUGGGAAUCCACUGCAUCUAUUCAUAAUUUCUUACUUAUGAGCCGAUAUCACUGUCACAGAAUUUAAAAGUCUGAUAUUGAGAUAUAAUGUCAUUAUUUCUGGGCUCAAAACAACCCAUUACAUGAUUUGACUGA